AUGUCACAAGUUGCAAAGGAACAUGAAGUUCCCGUUUCGACUUUGAAAGAUAAAAUGGCAAAUAAACACCCUCUAAAUCAUGGACGGCCUUGUGCACUAUCGCCAUCAGAAGAAAUUGCAAUAGCUGAACAUUUGAAACUUGCAGGAUCCUGGGGGUUUCCUCUACGGUCAAAUGAUCUAUGCCUCAUAAUUCAAUUAUAUCUAAAUGAUUCGGGACGUAAAUGUACAUUCUUCAAAAAUAAUGAGCCAAGUCGAGAAUGGGUUCAGUUAUUUCUACAGCGUCAUGAAGACUUGUCCGUUCGUUUAAGUGAAAAUAUUAAAAGGUCUAGAGCUAAAGUUAAUGAUGUAAUGAUAAAUGAAUAUUUUGAUAAUUUGGAGGUUUCACUGAAUGGAAUUCCACCAUCAAAUAUUCUCAAUUAUGAUGAAACUAAUUUUACCGAUGAUCCUGGAAGCAUUCAAGUAAUCGUUAAAAGAGGUUCAAAACAUCCGGAAAGAAUUAUUGACUCCUCAAAAAGCGCCACUGUCUAUAAAGCAAAACAUCUUUAUCCAACGUGGAUUGAAGGAGGGAUUCCAGGUUCCUGGUACAAUCGAAACAGUAGCGGAUGGUUUGAUAUGGAUAUCUUUGAAGAUUGGUUUUUAAAAAUAUGUUUACCGUAUUUAAAAAAUCUUCCCGGCAAAAAAGUUAUGAUUGGAGAUAACUUAGCUAGUCAUGUAUCUCCUAAAGUAAUAAAGGAGUGUCAAGAAAAUGAUAUUGCUUUUAUCUUGUUGCCACCUAAUUCAACCCAUCUUUCACAACCGUUAGAUGUCGCUAUCUUUCGAUCCAUUAAGAAAAGUUGA